CCGGCGGGCAGGGGUGUCCCAGGCCCCGCUCCGGCUCCAUCGCCGCCAGCCAGCCCAAGGGGAAAACAUCAGAAUUUUCUGUUGGUGUGUCAAAGAGGAGAAGAUCCUGGAUAUACCUAAGCCGUUCUAUUUCUACAAAAGCAGUGGGUUCGAUCUGUGGAUGAAAUGAAUCAUGAGUUUCAAGCUCUUACCCUAGAAUCUCGGGGAAUGGGAGAGCUUUUACCUGCCAAAAAGUUUUGGGAACCUGAUGAUUCUGCAAAAGAUGGACAAAAAGGGAUAUUCCUUGGUGAUGAGUGGAGAGAGACUGCAUGGGGAACUCCUCACCAUUCUAUGUCCCAACCUAUUAUGGUACAGAGAAAGCCUGGACAGGGUUUUCAUGGAAACAGUGAAGUAAAUGCUGUGUUGUCUCCACGAUCAGAAAGUGGUGGCCUUGGAGUGAGCAUGGUAGAAUAUGUGUUAAGUUCCUCUCCAGCUGAUAAAUUGGAUUCCCGGUUUAGGAAAGGAGCUUUUGGCACUAGAGAUGCUGAAACAGAUGGACCUGAGAAAGGAGAUCAGAAAGGCAAGGCUUCUCCAUUUGAGGAGGACAAAAACAGAGAUCUUAAACAAGGAGAUGAUGAGGAUGUUACUAAAAUAAAUGGCAGAGGUUUGCCAAAUGGAAUGGAUGCCGAUUGCAAAGAUUUUAAUCGUACCCCAGGAAGUCGACAAGCCUCCCCAACAGAAGUGGCUGAACGCUUGGGCCCCAAUCCCAGCACCACAGAAGGAUUAGGUCCACUUCCUAAUCCUACAGCCCACAAGCCUCUGGUAGAAGAAUUUUCAAAUCCAGAAAAUCAGAAUCUAGAUGCCAUGGAACAAGUUGGUCUUGAUUCUCUACAAUUUGACUAUCCUGGUAAUCAGGUACAAAUGGACUCUUCAGGAGCUACUGUAGGACUUUUUGACUACAAUUCUCAGCAGCAGCUUUUCCAGAGGACUAAUGCUCUGACUGUUCAGCAGUUAACAGCAGCCCAGCAGCAGCAAUACGCACUGGCUGCAGCUCAGCAGCCACACAUAGCAGGCGUAUUCUCAGCAGGCUUGGCUCCAGCUGCUUUUGUGCCAAACCCAUACAUUAUCAGUGCUGCUCCUCCAGGUACUGACCCAUACACUGCAGCUGGAUUAGCUGCAGCAGCUACCCUAGCAGGUCCUGCUGUGGUUCCGCCUCAGUAUUAUGGUGUUCCAUGGGGGGUGUAUCCAGCCAAUUUAUUUCAGCAGCAAGCUGCAGCAGCAAACACCACAGCAAACCAGCAAGCAGCUUCACAGGCACAACAGGGACAGCAACCGGUUCUGCGAGCUGGAGCAACUCAGCGCCCACUUACUCCCAACCAGGGUCAGCAAGGGCAGCAGGCAGAGUCACUUGCAGCAGCUGCAGCAGCAAAUCCAGCUUUGGCUUUUGGUCAGGGUCUUGCUACAGGCAUGCCAGGCUAUCAAGUACUAGCUCCCACUGCCUAUUACGAUCAGACUGGUGCCUUGGUAGUAGGCCCUGGAGCAAGAACUGGCCUUGGAGCACCAGUCAGAUUGGUGGCCUCAACUCCUGUUAUCAUCAGUUCUGCUGCAGCACAAGCAGCUGCAGCUGCUUCAGCUGGAGGAACAGCAAACAAUCUCGCGGGAGCCACGAACGGUCUGUUUCGGCCAGUUGGUGCCCAGCCACAGCAACAGCAACAGCAAACAAAUAGUAGCCUACAAUCCAAUUCAUUUUAUGGCAGUAACUCUUUGACCAGUAACUCCCAGAGCAGUUCCCUUUUUUCACAUGGUCCUGGCCAACCAGGAAGCACAUCUCUUGGCUUUGGAAGUAGCAGCUCUUUAGGAGCAGCUAUCGGCUCUGCACUUGGUGGAUUUGGCUCAUCAGUUGGCAGUUCUGCAAGUAGUAGUGCCACAAGGAGAGAUUCUCUAUCUACUAGCUCUGACUUGUACAAAAGAUCUAGUAGCAGCCUAGCACCCAUAGGGCAGCCAUUUUACAAUAGUCUGGGAUUUUCCUCCUCUCCAAGUCCAAUAGGCAUGCCUCUGCCAAGCCAAACGCCAGGACAUUCACUUACGCCACCGCCAUCACUUUCAUCACAUGGAUCCUCAUCCAGUUUGCAUUUAGGAGGACUGACAAAUGGUAGUGGUCGCUAUAUUUCUGCAGCACCUGGAGCCGAAGCCAAGUAUCGCAGUGCGGCAAGUACCUCCAGUCUUUUUAGCUCCACCAGUCAGCUCUUCCCUCCUUCGCGCCUCCGUUACAACAGGUCUGACAUUAUGCCCUCGGGACGCAGCCGGUUGCUGGAAGAUUUCAGAAACAAUCGUUUCCCUAAUCUUCAACUAAGAGACCUGGUUGGACACAUUGUUGAGUUUUCCCAAGACCAGCAUGGCUCUAGAUUUAUACAGCAAAAGCUGGAGAGAGCUACUCCAGCUGAGCGCCAGAUGGUGUUUAAUGAGAUCCUGCAAGCAGCCUAUCAAUUGAUGACUGAUGUGUUUGGAAACUAUGUAAUACAGAAGUUCUUUGAGUUUGGAAGCCUGGAUCAGAAGUUAGCCCUAGCAACUCGCAUCCGUGGUCACGUUCUGCCCUUGGCCCUGCAGAUGUAUGGGUGUCGUGUCAUCCAGAAGGCACUCGAGUCAAUCUCACCUGACCAGCAGGUAAUUAAUGAGAUGGUGAAAGAGUUGGAUGGUCAUGUUCUGAAAUGUGUGAAAGAUCAAAAUGGAAACCAUGUUGUACAAAAAUGUAUUGAGUGUGUUCAGCCCCAGUCGCUCCAGUUCAUCAUCGAUGCAUUCAAAGGACAGGUCUUUGUACUUUCAACUCACCCCUAUGGCUGUAGAGUAAUUCAGAGGAUCUUGGAGCACUGCACUGCUGAGCAGACUUUGCCAAUCUUAGAAGAGCUGCACCAACACACAGAGCAGCUAGUGCAGGACCAAUAUGGAAAUUAUGUUAUUCAACACGUACUGGAGCACGGUCGUCCUGAAGACAAGAGUAAAAUAGUUUCAGAAAUAAGAGGAAAAGUUCUAGCUCUGAGUCAGCACAAAUUUGCCAGCAACGUGGUAGAAAAAUGUGUAACUCAUGCUUCUCGUGCUGAAAGAGCUUUGCUCAUUGAUGAGGUCUGUUGCCAGAAUGAUGGUCCUCACAGUGCCUUAUACACCAUGAUGAAGGACCAGUAUGCCAACUAUGUUGUUCAGAAGAUGAUUGAUAUGGCUGAACCUGCUCAGAGGAAGAUCAUAAUGCACAAGAUUCGACCCCACAUCACAACUCUACGUAAAUACACUUAUGGCAAACACAUUCUGGCCAAGUUGGAAAAGUAUUACCUGAAGAACAGUGCUGAUCUGGGGCCCAUUGGGGGACCACCAAAUGGGAUGCUGUAAAAGCCACAAAAAAAAAAACCAAGAAAGAAAUGGAAGACAAGAAUGAAUUGUGAAUGAUCAAAGCAUACAACUUAACUAUAAAUGUUCUGAUUUUUUUAAAUCUAUUUAUUGACUUUGUUCAUCCAUUUGUAAAAUUUUUAUUCUUGUGUAUAUUUUUGGGGAGUGAAUUAUUAAAAAAAGAAAAAAGAAAAAAUAUCUCCAGCCCUGAUCCGGAGACCUAUCAGAUUGGAUGGCUGGCAAAGCACAGAAUGCCUGUAUAUGAUGUAAUUGUAUCAAAAUAGCUGUCACAUAUUUUGUAAAUUUUUACCUUGUAAAGUCACUGAAAUAGUUUUUAAAGGGAAAAAGUACAGUAUUCUUUUAAUACACUGGCUCACAAUCUGGUAGGUCUACCCAGCAUCAUAGCACAACAGGUUUAUAGAGUUGUAUAUAGAAUUAAUCAUUAUUUUUUUUUUCCCUUUUGUGUGAGGUCUUUUAUACCAGAUUAAAAUGGAUCAGCUGCAUAAGCAUUAUUUAACAUGUUGAAAAGUUAAGUUGUACUUUGGUGGUUCACAACAUACUGUCCAGAUAAUAAACAGGGCACAGCAAACUAAAGUAGGGAAUAACAGGACAGUGGAAACUUGAGAAGAGUUGUUUUCAUCACGUGCUGUGGAUACAGGAUUUUUUAAAUGGUGCCCUAAGGUUUUCUCUAGCAAUGUAUUAAAAAAAAAAAUACAAGUGCUGUAUAUACUUAUAUAUUUAAUUGUUGUACAAGGUAGAGGGAUUAAAAUGAUGGUGGUACCUCCACUCAGUAAAGUACACUGUUGGAAAAGGAGUGGACCCUGUAUGAACUUUACAGUCAGUUUUACAAGGCAGGAAGAGUAGAGAUUUGUAUUUUUUUAUUUUGCAUAUAGAAUUGUAAGGAUUUGCAAGUGUUGAGCAUUCCUUUUGCUUUCUCACUGUAGAUGAAAAAAAAUAAAAAUAAAAAUAGGUAUUGCUGGAGAGAAAAGGGGCCACUGAAAAGUAAACUUGAUAGCUCAACAUUUAAGCAUGAUUGAUUAAAUAUUCAGAUAGCUUUUUUGCUUCCUAUAAAUAUAUGCAUUGUAUCCGUGUAGUUUAUAGGUGUAAGUUUACAGUUUGAAAACAAAUCUCUGGUUUUGAUGUUUAUUACAAGCCUUGCUAAUUUAGUAGUGAUGCUUACCUUGGUUGUACAGAUGUACAUUUGUAAACCUUCAUGCUGUAAAUGUAAUUUGUUUUACCCCUUUUUGGGACAAAAAAAAUUUGCAUUUUAGUGUAUAUUCAUAUCCCCCUUCCCUCUUCUCCCCCUGGCAUAUAGUGUUGUAUAAUGUAAAUUUAUUUCAGCAAAUCAAAAGUGAUUUUUUUAAAUUCUAUCUUUAUAUGGUUUCAGAAAAAAUGAACUGGCUUUCUUUUUAUCUCUUGUGAGGAACAUUAUGUUUUGUUCAUAACAUAGCUGUUGAUUCUGUUCAGAAGGACACGUUGGGAAAUCAGCCUGUUCAAAUUUUAAGUCGAGAUAAUGAGCUUAGCAAGAAACGGACUGAAAUAGUUGGUUAGCACAGAAACCAAUGCUUCUUCCAUCUUAGUAAUAAAUGUGGCAUGAUUUUUUUUCUUUUUUGUACAGAAGAGUACUGUAUUUUUGAAUAGCCUUCUCCCAGCGUAAAGCAAAUAUGUAUGAUACUGUCAAUUUUUUUCUCUGGACAUAUGACAUUGUAACAGUAACAUAAAGAUGAUGUACAUUUACAAGCGGCCUUAUGUACAUUUCCCAAUGAUCUUUUUAAGGCAGAAUUGUGACCAUAUGUGUAUAAUUAAAAUCCUUUUUAAUCCUU